AUGACGGACGGAGUGGAGCUACACCAUGAUUUAGAAGAGGAAGAUGAGAAGAUUGAAGCACUACGCUACUUCACACGGUGGAGCAAGAACGGAGCCAUAACCGAGAUCCAACAACUCCUUCAGCAAGUCAGAAAAACGGACCAAAGACCAUCGGAGCAUUACUACAAGAAAUUAAAGGCGGAAACAAGAGUACCCAGAACGACAAGAGGAGAAAUAUUAGCCGACAACAGCAGACAAGCCAGAAAAGGAGCAGCACGCUUAUUUGGAGCACGACGAAAAGGAGGAGAUGACGAAACGAGACGCUUCUUUAAGAGGAACAGCGAAUGGCAAAGAGACCAGUCAAUCACGGACAUUCAAGCCUCCGCUGGCCACUUCUACAGCGAUGACCACCCAUUGCGGAAAGGAUGGCCUCAGAGUGGAGCCAUAUAUUUGGGGAAUCACAUGCAGACAGCAACCAAGGCAGCCCUAUGA